AUGUCAAAAUCAAAAGGCGAUACCGUCCAGGCCGAUGCGCGGCGCUUCCUCGACGAGCGCGGCUCAAAUGCUGCGCUCGCGCCAAACGGCCUCAACCCAGCGACCAUUAUGGAAAAAGCCGUCAAGGACCGCAUCGUCGAUUCCUACUUUUACAAAGAGCAAUGCUUCGCCUUGAACGAAGCCGACAUCAUCGAUCGAGUCGUCGAGCACGUCAGUUUCAUAGGCGGCACGCAUGGCGCCUCACAAAAACCCAGCCCGUUCCUGUGUCUAGCCUUCAAGCUCCUCCAACUUGCACCCAGCGACGCCAUUAUCCAAGAAUACCUAUCCUACGGAGGGGAGCACUUCAAGUACCUGCGCGCACUGGCGUGCUUCUACGUGCGGAUGACGAGACAAGCAAAGGACGUGUAUACGACGCUGGAGCCCUUUUUGGAAGACAGGCGCAAGUUGAGGCGGAAAGCGAGGGCGGGCACUUCGCUUACUUUUGUGGACGAGUUUGUGGACGACCUGCUUAACAAGGAUAGAGUGUGCGCGACGAGUUUGUGGAAGAUGCCGAAGAGGGAAGUUUUGGAAGAUUUGGAAAUACUGGAUCCGAGAGUUAGUCCGCUAGGAGACAUCGAAGACUUGCUAGAAGAGGAUGAUGAGGGAGGGGACAAAGACCAGGCGAAUGGAGAGCGAGAGGAAUCUGGAGAAGUAUCGGAAAAAGAAGAUAUGGAGGUGGACAGGGAAGAAGACGGGAGAAGUCGCAGCAGAUCACCUUGA